AUUUGCAUAUUCAGUAUUGUAAGUGCGUUUGAAAGAUAAACACUGUGUUAGUUAAUUAUUCUAAAACAUGAAGUUUUCAUUUUGCUUUAUAUUAUUAGCCAUAUUGUUAAGCAUCGAUAUAAGUUUGGCAAAAGUAUAUUCACGAUGUGGAUUUGCUAAAGAACUGCAUGGCCAUGGUAUGACACCAAGAGAAAUUGCAACUUGGACUUGUAUUGCUGAAUAUAUGACUGGCUUCAAUACAUCAGCACAACGUGGUCCAUUCGAUGAUGGUAGUAAAACUCAUGGACCGUUUUUGAUCAGUGAUCGAUGGUGGUGUAAACAAGGUUCGAAAAAAAGCGACAAUUAUUGCCAAUCAAAAUGCAAAGCUUUGCGUUCAAGGCGAUUAACAGCAACUGUAAAUUGUGCCAGAAAAAUUGCCACACAAAAUCGAGGUUAUGGAGCAUGGGAUGUUUGGACAAAUAAUUGUGAUGGAAAAUUACCAAAUUUAGACAGUUGUUUCCCUAAAGUUUAAAGGAAAACAAAAUUAUUAAAUUGUCAUCCACAUUACAUGAGGAUCUGUACUUUGCAGUCAGUCCUUCGAUUUUUGAAAUUUUUUAAAAGGAUCAAAUAAUAAUUUUAAAGUACAUUUAUUCGAAAUGAAAUUCGUUUUUCCUUUUAGUGAUUUCUGUCACUUUUUUUAUACGUAUCGUAAUUCAAUGGAAUGGUGUCUUUAUUUAUUAAUAUAGUCUUCUAAAUUAUUGUUUCAACUACAGACUUUGGACUGAUAAGACUUUGGACUUCCUAAGACAAAAAUAG